GCCGGUGCAACACUUCGUCCGAGACCUCCUCAACGAUGCCAAGAAGCAGUUCACGGCAAUGGCGGAGGAGCUCUCGGAACUCAAGGCCAAGCUUGUUGCGGUGGACGCCGGCGCGGCUGCUGCCCAAGGAGUCGAGGCGCAGGAGGAGGGGGCUGCCAUUCAGGAGCCGGAGCUGGACGAGGAAAAGGAGGACGAGGCAUCCGACGAAGAGCCCGAGGCCAAGCGUCACGUGAAGCAGCGUAGGGUGCCCAAGCGGCUGCUGCAGAUCAGCGGUGCCCUGCUUUCCAGGAGCUUUGUCCUCCGGCAGAUGCUGCGGAAGCCCUGCACGGGCGGCCCUCAGCUGCUGAGGCAGAGCAAGCGGGUUCUGCGCUACAGCCUCAGCACCCGCUAGAGGCGGCCUCGGCUCUGCAUGGCGGUUCGCAGGCAGGUGAUUCCCGCCAAAGAAGCUUGGGCUUUCUGCUGAGCUUAUCGGCGGGGAAGUUUGAGAAGUACGGGGAUUGGCAAUGGACACAAGCGGUUUGCGCGGAAUAACGGACAAGGGUUUGCUAGCUAGCGCCCAUGUCGUACUUUGGUUCUGGCCCUUUUGUGUGUGUUUGGAGGCUUAAGUUCGCCGGUAAUGUCCUAUAGAUUUGCCAUGUCAAGGGCUGUGUGGAUAGCCGCUCUAUUGGCUGCACUUUUCAUUGUGUAUCGUACAUUCGGACAUCAUGUCAGAGGUGACGCUGACGCGUAGGUCAGGGUUGGGGUAGCCUGAGAGCGGCGUCACUCUUGAUGCCCGCAUGUUUUGCCGCUGAGGAUAGAGCGCGAGGGCCUGAGAUUAGGGCCGACAAUGAAGUCAUGACAUGUUUACUGGCAUUUCGACAUUCUGGCAUUUCGGACGUAGGUUAUGCCAGUUGGGUUAGGGUAGGAGUUUGCAUGCUACCAAAUGAUAGCUGUAGGGCUAGUAGGACAGCAGGAGAGGAUAUACGCAGGCGUUUCUUUUAUAAACAGAUCCCCUGUUUCGGAUGUUCGUUCAUAAUCUUUUCCCUUUGACACAUUCAUUGGGCAGGUGCUGGGGUAAAGGACGUUAGACCAUAGCGGCGUAGAUGAACUGUGGCACACUAUCCUCUGUAAGUAAUUUUGUGUAUGCAAACUUGUUCAAGUUAGCGGGUACAACUAGGCUCGGAUCAUCGGCUGUGGGGCCGUCAAAGCAGUAGCGCUGUGGCUAGGCAUGGAGGCAGAGACGUUAGGCAGUCAGCUGCAAUUGUGCGGCAGGUAUGUACGCAUGAUCGUGUGGCAUAGGUCAGGUAGCAGGGCUGUGGUGGUUGCCUUGGAUGUGCGCUGGGCCCAAUCAGUGCUGUCCGCGUGUUCGUAUAUUUGCUCAAUG